CUCUUUAUCUCUCAUUGAUUUCAGUCCCCUCUACAGUCCUUAUAAUGAUACGAGGGAGCUGAGCUCUCCAUGUCAUUCUGCAUUCACUCCUCCUUUGAUGCUAAUGGGAAAGAGGAGUGGUAGUUCCUGGUUUACAAUAGUGAGGAAGGCCUUCAGGUCUCCUUCUAAGGAGAGUAAUGAAAGGACUUGCAGAAGGAGAGAAGAACAAGAACAAGAUGGAGAACUAGAAGAGAAGAAAAGAGAGAAACGAAGGUGGCUUUUCAGAAAGCAAUCUAACACUCUUCGUGCUCCACAAUGUGAAGAACCAAAGAGUGGUACUACUUUGGAGGCAGAGGAAAGGCAAGCAAUAGCUGUGGCGGCAGCAACGGCGGAAGCUGCCAUGGCGACAACACAAGCAGCUGUGAAGAUUGUUAGGCUGGCUAGGAGGCCGUCAAGUUUUAUUAGAGAACAUUAUGCUGCCAUAGUUAUUCAGACAGCUUUUAGAGGCUACAUAGCAAGAAGAGCUCUACGUGCACUGAAGGGGAUAGUGAAGCUCCAAGCAUUAGUAAGAGGAUAUAAUGUGAGAAAGCAAGCGAAGUUGACAUUAAAAUGCAUAGAAGCUCUGGUUCGAGUGCAAGAGGAGGUGCGAGACCAACGUGCAAGGCUUUCACUUGAGGGAAGCAGAAAGUCUAUGUUUUCUGAAACCAAUGGUGGUUCAUGGGAUUCCAGAUAUCUACAAGACAUCCGCGAGAGAAAGUCAUUAUCCAGAGAUGCAAUUUCAGUAUAUGGUGAACAAUACUAUGAUGACCGUCCACGUACAAGCGAGAAGAUUGAAGCUUUACUACACAGUAGAAAAGAAGCUGCGCUGAAACGGGAGAAAGCACUUGCUUAUGCUUUAUCUAACCAGAUAAGGAGAUCCAGGAGGAACCCUUCUGCAGGAGAUGAAAUGGAGCUAGGAGAUGGAACUAGAUGGCUUGAUCGAUGGAUGGCAACAAAGCAAUUCGAGAGCAGAGCAUCAACAGAAACCAGAGAACCCAUAAAGACAUUAGAAGUUGAUAUGUCCACACCUUACUCUUAUUCAACCCCGAAUCCCAAAAGAACAUCACUUCACCAAAAACAUUCGAAUCAAACCGGUCACUACUUUCAUCAAACACUUUGUACGCCAUCUCCGAGGACAGAAAAAAGCUACUCUGUAGCACAUACUCCUAGCUCAGCUGGCUCGAGACAUUGGUUCAAUGGGGGAAUGGGGCGGUAUGGACGAACUGGUGCAGUUGGGUCAACAAUGCCAAACUACAUGGCUGCCACUGCAUCCACAAAGGCUAGAGUUCGACCACAAAGUGCACCAAGACAGAGACCUUCGACGCCAGAAAGAGAGCGAGAGCGAGAGCGAGAGCGAGGCGGAUCAUCAGCGAGGAAACGCUUGUCUUAUCCAGCUCCAGAGCCUAUUGACAUUAACUACAACAACAGUUUUAGCCAGAACUUGAGAAGUCCCAGCUUCAAGAGUGUACAAUGUGGCUACUAUGGGGUGGAGCAACAUUACUGUUAUGCAGACAGUUUUGGUCUUGGAGGCCAAAUUUCUCCAUGUUCAACCACUGAUCUAAGGUGGCUAAAAUGAUGAUUAAUCAGAUGAUGGAUUGUUCUAUCCAUGUUCAGUAAUUCAUUUCGUAUGUGGGUUUGGGCCCAAUUACUUCUUGUAAUGAAUUGGGAUGCCUCACAUUGUGUAACCUUCUUUGUGAUUGUUGCUUGGUUUAUCAGGUUUGGAUCAUAAUGAGAUGGGGGGUUUGGAUUUA